CAAACAGUCAUAACCGCAUCAUAGUCGUCGCACCAUAGUCGUCGCGGAGUAGUGGCGUGAGAAUAAGACAUGGGAAGUGAGCUGCCCGUUUUGCUUUUGAUCGUGAUCGAUGUCCUGGUCUUGGUGGCGGCCAUUGACUUUGGCUAUCAUCCGAGUGCCGAGGAGUUCGACAGCCUGUUGCGCACCCAGAACUGGGGUCGCCAUCUUCUGCAGCGUCGCGUCCAAGAGCGUAGAUUUGUGCCGCGCUAUCAGCACCAGACCUCCAUACGCUUCGAACCGCCCGAGUUGGACUUCCAGCUGUUCGAUGGGGAGCAUCAUGAUCGGCCAGGAUCGCAGCCAUAUGUCUUUGAGUCCGUGGAGGAUAGUCAGCCGUCGGCGGAUCAGUUUCAUGUGCAGAGUGAACUGCUGGAGAUCAAGGAGCCGCAGCCGAAGCCGAAGCCCAAUGCCACCACCACAUUUCCCAUAUACUUCACGCACCCAACCACCGGCAUUGUCUACGCCAUUAGUCAGGUGGGCGGGGGUCAAAGUUCAGGUCCAAUAGCAACCACCCAAAGUCGAAACGAUAGCAAUGGCAUAGCCAUUUAUGUGACCAAGGCGCAAUACGAUGAGGAUUUGGAGAGUUUGCGAAGGCAAUAUGAGAAGUACUGCCAAUCCGGAACGGUUAUAUCCACCCUGAAUGUAAACCCGGGAAACCAGGAAGUCGGAACCACCGCCAGACCUCAGAUCAUACGUUUGAAGAAGCCCAAAAAUCCACUCAGUAUCCACCAACCCAGCAACAAGUUGCCCAAGCCAAGUCAUCGACCACCGCCUGUGAUGGUCACCAGUGGACCCAUCGAUCAUGUAAGCGAUCAGCUGCUCAAGCUGACCACCAAACCCACCAAAACCACCAGCACCAGCACGCCAAGGCCAAAUACGAGAAGAAAGAAGCGCAAGAAGAGACCAAAGAACAAGAAUAAAGUGAUUAAAAAGAGACCGGGUUAUGGGGCGAACCACACUAGAGAUCAGCCGAGACCAUUGCCCAUUUAUUUGGGUAAGAGACCCAGUGGCAGCAGCUCUAGCACCACCAGCACCACUCGACCACCGCCGGCUUAUACCCAAUUGGAGAAACCACAUAUGCCACACGCCACUUUGCCCACCACCAAUGUCUUCAGUCAGCAUCUACUGCGAAAUGGUGAAGAGCCAACGGAAGAAAGUGAAGAAACACUGGAAGAACAGGACGGCCAUGAGACAGUUGAGCCUCUCAAUCUCAGAAGACGCCGUUCGCUGGAAGAUUUGGCAGGAGAACUAAUGGAACCACCUCAUCCAAGAAGAUACUCUGCUUUAAAGACUGGAAACGAAUUUGAAAGAGUAGUGAGAAGCGGAGAAUUUAGAGGAGAGCUACGACGCUCUUUGAAGAAUUCAAGAAAAGCUAAUAAAGAAAGUGAAGAAUCACUGGAAGAACAGCAGCCACUUAAGAUGGUCGAACAACUAAAUCUUAGAAGACGCCGUGAGCUAGAAGAUUUGUCAGGAGAACUAAUGGAACCACUUUAUCCAAAAAGACACUCUUCUCUAAAGACACUUACAAAAAUGGGAAUAUUUAAAAGUAUUUUUAAUAAGGCAAGAAAAGAAUCUGAAAGAAUAGUCAAUAAAGGAGAAUUUAUAAGAGAACGACAACGUUCUUUGGAGAAUUUCAGAAAUGUGAAGAAAGAAAGUGAUGCCUCUAAAACCUUGCACAGUAGACAUCGUCGGUCCUUGGAGACCCCUAAAAAGUUGGGAACACAAAAAUAUGUAAUACAAAAAUCUAUUGAGAAACUUAUUGCAAAUGAACCAGAAGAAUUGCAAAAAGGAGCCAAAGAGCCGCAAAAAAAGACUAAAAAAGAAUCACCAAAAGCUGUGUCAAAGGUGUCGCAAAACAUAUUAUCAAAGGGAUCCCAAAAUGUGGUAGCCGCUCGACGGGUCAGUACGCCCAGAAGACGCUUCCCGAAGGGAAGUUCUAGAAAGCGAAAGACCAAACAAACACCACCAGAAACCACUCAGAAGAAAGAGAAGAAUUCAGGAGGAGUGGCUCACAUACCCAUUGCCGUUCAUCUGCUCCACAGAAAUCAUAGCCAAGAUGAAAUAAAAGUACCAGCCACGACCAAUCAGAAAAAGAAAAUCAAGAGUAAGGAACGCAAACGUGGAAGACCAGAGUUGCCAAGUUUCGAUGUAUUUGAACUGCUGUCCGAUGGGGAUUACGAGGAUGAAGAGGAGGACAACGAUGAUGAUGACUACUAUUUUGAUGGUGGUGAAAAGGAAAAGGAUAAGGAUAAGGAUGAUCUAGAGGAACCCACUCAAAGUGGCAGCACAGAGGCUCAGAGCUCGGAUCUCAAAGAGGAUAGCAGUUCCGCAGAGGAGGGCGCUGAUUUUGGGGCCAUGGUUGAGGAGGAAACCACGACGAUAUCCACCAUGUCCAGCAGUGAGGAGGAGGACACCAAGAAUUCAGUGGCCAAAAAGAAGAAGAUACGCAUCAAAAGGCGGCCCGAGAAUUCUGAUGAGGAUUACGACGAUGAUGAGGAUUCCGGCAUAGGUGGCUUCUUUCGCAUGAUCUUCUAUCCCGUCCAAGUGGCCAUGUCGCGACUGAUGGAGGGAUUCGGUAGUGCCGACGAGGAGGAGGAUGACAAGGAGCCGGCCAGUCCGCCCGUGUCCAAGUAUCCCAGUUACACCCUCUAUCACAGUGCCCACAGCAAUGAGGCCUAUGCCGAGGAUGAGGACGGGGAUGGGGAUGGGGAUGGGGAUGAGGAUUCAACUGAUGACUCCUCCUCGCUGGGCAGCUGGUUUAGCUCCUGGUUUGGCCUGCAGCGACGCACCAAGAAGAUCGGCAGCACCACCACCACCACUACCACGAUGCCAGUGGCACCAGUACCACCACCCACCAAGGAGCCACCCGGCUGGCUGGAGUCCUGGUUUGGAUUCGGCAAGACCACCACGGAGGCGGACGGCGAGGAUGACUAUGACAAAUGGUUUUCCAGCUGGUUCGAUUCGAGGCCAAAACGGAAGGUCAGACGUCGUUCCACCACCUCCACGUCGACCACCUCGACCACAACCACGACCCACACCCCAUCGGCGGCUCAAGUGCCCAUCCUGACCAUUGUGGAUCCAUUGCGAAAUCCGCAAAAUUGGAUUGGCAUACUGGCCCACCACAUUGUCAAUUCCACGGGCAAUGCCAUGGCCUCCACAACCACCAGUAAUCCGCUGCUUCAGGCCCUGGCCACCCGGAUGACCACCAGGGGCACCACCACUAGCACCACCACCUCCAGGCCGGAGGUUCCCCGCCGGAUUAGCUACGAUAAGUACCAGAUCUGGCGUCUAAAGCCGCAGGAUGAGGAGCAGGUUCGCGCCCUGGAGGAGUUCAAAAAGGGCGACGAUGGAGUUAAGAUGCACUGGCUCAAGGGACCCAGUCUCAGAGGUCUCACCGAUGUUCUGGUGCCCCCCAAAAUGCUGGUGGACUUCCAGGGCACCCUGAACUACGAGGGCAUCGCGCAUGAAGUGCUCAUCUUUGAUGUGGGCAAGGCCAUUGCCUACGAGCUGACCAAAGAGGAUUACCUGCACACAACUCGACCCUCGAAGCCGCGACCCACUGUUCCGCCACCGAUAACCUGGAACCGGUACCACAAUCACGAUGAGAUCGUCAAGUAUCUGGAAACGGUGCGCAUGCGCCAUCCACAGCUGGUCGAGCUCAUCCACAUUGGCCGCUCCUUCGAGGGACGUCCCCUGAUUGUGGUGAAGAUCGAGUCGAAGCAAUCUGCGGCGAUGGCGAACAGCGAUGGUCUGCAGACGGUUAAGCGACCGAAACGGAAACGGAAGUCGGGCCAGGCCAAUGCCGUGUUUGUCGAGGCCGGAGCCCAGGGAUUGGCCUGGAUCGGACCCGCCACAGCCACCUGGAUGAUAGCCGAGCUGCUGCGACUGAUGAAGACAAACAAGAGCAACGAGGAUGUGGAGUUCAUCAGGAACACCACGUGGUAUAUAAUGCCAGUUCUAAAUCCGGAUGGAUAUGCCUACAGCCACGAGUACGAUCGCUUUUGGAAGAAGUCGCGAUCGCAGCACCAGGCACCGCCACCGAGUGGCCUCCUCGACUCGGCAAUGACGUGGCUCCAGCAGAAACGAGGUCCGGACAAGGUCUGCCACGGCGUGGAUCUGGACAGGAACUGGCUCUACCACUGGGGCAAGCGGGGCAGCUCCAAGUCGCCCUGCAACGAGUUCUACGCAGGUCCAGCGCCGUUUUCCGAACCGGAAACCAAGGCAGUAUCCGAAUUUCUGAUGGACUACCGAACGCAGAUCAAACUAUAUAUAUCGCUGCAGGCCUACGGCCAGGUGAUUUCCUAUCCGGUAAAGGCCAAUUCCACUUUUAACUCCGAAAGGUUGGACGAUUUUCUGGACGUGGCAAUGGUAGGCACCGAUGGAUUGCGCAAGAAGGGCAGUAAAUCUCGAUACAAGGUCGAUGCAUCCAACGAUCUGAUUGAGCAGCGGUCGGGCUGUGCGGAUGCCUUUGCCGCUUAUGAAAUCGGAAUACCCUUCAGCUACACGCUCCAGCUGGCGGACAAUGGAGUGCAUGGCUACCUGCUGCCCAGCAGCGCCAUCGAGCCGACGGCUCGCGAUGCCUUCGAGAUCAUCAGCGGUAUGCUGGACUACAUUUAAAUCUCCGCCUUGGGAUAUUCAAUAUAAAUCGGGAGCGGCAGGGAUUCGGGGGGAUGGGCUACAUGUGAGAGAGUUCUAGUUCCUUUAUCGCGCUUUGGCGGCUUGCGUUCCGGAGAUCACUUGCCACAUUUCCGGAAUACAUUCUCCAAUAAUAUUAGCUUAUUCACAUCUGCAUUUUAUGUAUUCAAAAUUUUUUUUUUAUUACAGAAAAUUACUUUAACUGAGAUUUUAACGUAUUAU